UGAGCAUUUUUUUUUUUUUUUUUUCGUAUAGUUGAAUUUUAAUUUGGAGAUGAAUAGAUAGUCUGGUGAUAUGUUUGAUAUUUUCUGUUUGGUUGUUGAGAAAUCAAGAAAGGAAUAUAAGUUGAUGUUCAUACUAGUAUUUUUAGAGUAAUGUUACAAAAAAUAAAUAAAAUAAAAUAAAAAUAUCAAACUUUUAGAGACCAAUUUUAGUUGUCUCAAAAAAAUUAUAACCUUUACACACCACUUUCAUUUGUUCCAAAAACUAAAACUUUUGGAGACCACUUUCAUUUGUCUCAAAAAUUAAACUUUUAGAGACCAAUUUCUAUUGUCUGAAAAAUUAAUUUUUGUCUGGAUUAUAAUUAGACUUUUAGAGACAAAUUUCAGUGGUCACAAAAUCAAAUAUAUUUUUGUCUCUAAAAGUCAUUUUUUGACUUUUCCAGACGGGCCAUUUGGGACAAAUUUCGCAACGGAGAAAAUUGGUUGGCAAAAGUUUUUCCCAACAAAUAUUACACUUUUAGGGACGGAAUAAAUUUGUCCCUAAAAAGUUGAUUUCUAGUAGUGAGAGGACCGUCCGCUCGACGAUAUUUUUCACGGUCUGGAGGACCUUCCCGGCGCGUUCCCAGAAGAUAUGGUUGGGUUGAGCCUCACUAAACUUGCCAAGAAGGCAAACGUGGAAAGGAUGGCCGCGCGGCGAAGGGCAGAGGAGAUUCGGGUUGCCGAGUCUCAGUCCCAGACCUCCUUACCUGUUAUUGAGGGGAUGGCAAAGAACGGAAGUACCGAGGCAGAACCUUUUGUGCAGGCAAGUGUAGAAGCUGAGCAAAGGGUGGAGAAACGCCCUGCCGACGUCGAGGCCGACUUAGAAGAAAACCUUGCCCACAAACGACCUCGUAUGGAGGAGUCGGAUGUGAUUGUACCUUUUAUUAUUUAGCCCAAGAUAAAAAAUACGCCGAUCUCCUCUGAUGCUUCGGUAAUCAAAGAUCUAGCGGUUGCACUCAGCUUGGCGACAUUCGUUUCACUGCCUGCUGACAAGGCAGCUUUUCAGGCAGAGCCUGAUCUGGUUGCAAUUGGGUUGGCCGCGCAGUCGGCUCUUUUGGCCGUCAGGAGGAUAACCGACAUGGGUCGUCGCUAUCACGAUGCUGUCGAGGUAAUUGGCCGUUUACAAGCCGAGGUUGAGGGCCAAAGGAGUAGGGCACAGACUGAGGGCACCCGUGUCGAGACCAAGAUGGAGAGAGCCCGCAACGCUGAAGAAUUGAGAUCAGUCGCCGAGAAGAGGGCGAAUGCGAGCAACGGCGCGCUUAAAUUGGCCCAGGAGGCGAUCUCUAAAUUGGAGGCUGGGUUGGAAGAGAUGAAGGUGGCGAAGGAAACAGUCAACCUGAAGGCUGCCAGCGCAUUCGAUGCUAGGAAGAAAUCUGCUCUUGAUGAGUAUGUAGACGAAGUCCCCAAAUUUGAAAAUCGGGGAUUUAAACACGGCUGGCUUAAAGCCCUUGCUGUUGCUAAUGUGACAUUGGCUAUGCCAAUUCCAUAUGAGCAAGUGGAUGUUGAGUCGCUGGAGUGUGACUCCGAGGACUAAUUUGGGCGGCUUCUGUUUUUGUUUUAGGAUUUGCAUGUAAUUUUCAGCUUUUUACAGCUUUUUGUUUAGUAAUUUUCAUAUGUAAAAUAGUUACAAUUUGUGUCCAAUUUACUUAAUGAAAAUUCAUUUUGUACUUUGUUGUUACUAAUGAACGGAAUUGUUUGGUUGCUGUUUUGAAUAAAA